UAGCAGUACCCGGAAGUGACAGUGAAGGUGUGGAGGAAUGUUGUGCUGUAAGCGGAAGUGGCGGCGGGGAGAGCAGCAGAGAGACGAUGAACAACAAAUUUGAUGCUCUGAAAGAUGACGACAGCGGGGAUCACGAUCAAAAUGAGGAGAACGGCACACAGAAAGACAGUGAGAAGGAAAAAAAUGACAAGGACAAGAACCAGAGUUCAUGUAGGAAGAAGACUGUUGUACCAGGUCCAGCCGAGCACCCAUUGCAGUACAACUACACAUUCUGGUAUUCCCGCAGAACUCCAGGCAGGCCAACCAGCUCCCAGAGCUAUGAACAGAACAUCAAGCAGAUUGGUACCUUCGCCUCUGUGGAGCAGUUCUGGAGGUUCUACAGCCACAUGGUUCGUCCCGGGGACCUGACCGGACACAGUGACUUUCAUCUAUUCAAGGAAGGGAUCAAACCAAUGUGGGAGGAUGAUGCAAACAAGAACGGUGGGAAGUGGAUAAUCCGAUUGCGCAAAGGACUGGCUUCUCGGUGCUGGGAAAAUCUUAUUCUAGCCAUGUUGGGGGAACAAUUCAUGGUCGGGGAGGAGAUCUGUGGGGCUGUUGUCUCUGUCCGUUUUCAGGAAGACAUAAUCUCGAUCUGGAAUAAAACUGCAAGUGAUCAGGCAACCACUGCUCGCAUCCGAGAUACUUUACGGCGAGUCCUGAAUCUGCCACCCAACACUGUUAUGGAAUAUAAAACGCACACGGACAGUAUCAAGGACAAAACGAGUUUCCGAAAUACAAAGAUUGCGUUGUGAAUGCCGUUCAUUGCCUCUGUGCUGUUUAAAUCCAUCACUCCCACCAUCAGACAGUGUACUGCUUGUGCUGUAAUGACACCACUAACCCAUCUGCUUCCAGAAAGUUCAGCAAUUCAUGGCAAAAAGGCAUGCCUGGCCUCUGUCAGCAACGUGGGUGAAUAAGGCCUUGUUGUCACUGCUACGCCAGUUUUCGCUACAUGAGCUGCUCAGUACUGCUACUUUCCUGGGAGAGAUCAGCACCAAAACUUUAUUUUUCAUUCAGAUUUUUUUGUCAUUUUAUUUUUUUUAAGGCCAGUAGGUGGUUAACAUUGAACUUUUGUUUUUUUAAAUGAUUGUCCUUAUUGUUGUGUAGAUUGUGGCCACUCCAGUGCCGAUGGAGUUAAAUGCUUUCAUUUCAUGACAAGCAAUCUGCUCCUGAACUUUGCCUUGUAAUGUACAGUAUAUUCAGCACUUUUUUCAGUUUCCUUUCAUGUUUUGAAUGGAAUGAAUGAAUUUGAAUGUUUGUGUUUGAUAAGUAAUAAUCACCUUACCAGACCCUUUACUGAGACAUAUCAGUAUUAUUCUAGUAUACAUAGGAUAACUUUAAUUUAGCUGCCUGUAUAUGAAAUUGUCAACUACUGCUGCAGCUCGUCAUUAAACUGUUGGGUCGUU